AUGGGGUCGUGCAUGAGUACCAGCGGGGAGGAUUCAGACCAGAGAAAGAGGAGCAACAAGAUAGACAAGGAACUCGAGGAAGACUCGAAAAAGCUUAGGAAGGAAUGCAAGAUUCUCCUGCUUGGCUCGGGUGAGAGUGGGAAGUCGACGAUCGUGAAGCAAAUGAAGAUUAUUCAUCUGAAGGGCUAUUCACAAGACGAGCUCGUUAAUUACCGUCCGACAGUGUACAAGAACUUGCUUGAAUGCGCAAAAGCACUAUGUAGCGCCAUGCGCCAAUUCGAAAUCGAGCCAAUGCCGGAGAACCGGGAACACUGCGAUUUUCUCCUCGAUUAUUCGCUCGACACAAACCCACAAGCCAGGAUCGACCCCAGGGUAGGCAUCGCCGUCCAGGCGGUAUGGGACGAUCCGGCGAGGGAGCAACUGAUGGAGAGGCAAACCGAAUUCUACCUCAUGGACUCGGCCGAAUACUUCUUCCAGGAGGCCAGCAGGAUCGUGUCCCCCAACUACCUCCCUGUGGAAAUGGACGUGCUACGGGCCAGAACUAAGACGACUGGUAUUUACGAGACGAGAUUCAAGAUGGGACAGCUGAGCAUUCACAUGUUUGACGUUGGCGGGCAGCGGAGCGAACGCAAAAAGUGGAUUCACUGUUUUGAGAAUGUGACGUCCAUCAUCUUCUGCGUCGCGUUGAGCGAGUAUGACCAGGUUCUGCUGGAAGAGGCCAGUCAGAACCGCAUGAUGGAGAGCUUAUUGCUGUUCGAUUCAGUUGUCAACUCGCGGUGGUUCAUGAGAACGAGCAUUAUCCUGUUUCUCAACAAAGUCGAUAUCUUUAAGCAGAAGCUCGGACGGUCACCAUUAGGCAGCUACUUCCCAGACUACUCGGGCGGGAACGACGUCAACAAGGCGGCCAAAUACCUACUCUGGAGGUUCAACCAAGUCAACCGAGCCCACCUGAACCUCUAUCCACAUUUAACACAGGCUACCGAUACCUCCAACAUCCGACUCGUUUUCGCAGCAGUCAAGGAAACUAUCCUGAACAACGCACUCAAGGACUCCGGCAUUCUCUGA